AUGUCUUCCGGAAAUGGAAACCAGAGAGGCCCCGCGGGCGGCAGGGCAGCGCCCGCGGCCCCAACGGGUUCGGCACGCAGCACUGCUUCAACAAACACUCCGGCACGCACCGCCCCUCAAGGAAACACGCCGGCACGUACUGCCCCUCAAGGAAACACGCCGGCACGCACCACCGCUCAGACAAACACUCCGGCACGCACCACCGCUCAGACAAACACUCCGGCACGCACCACCGCUCAGACCAACACCCCGGCACGCACCAACCCUCAGGCAAACCCUUCCGCAUCAAGCUCGGGGGGCACCGAUAAACCGCUCAACAUGUCCGGCCCCGACCCGGACGCGGCGGACGAGGCGAUGAAGGACUCGCUAAUGGAAACGAACUGGCUGAAGGAGCUGCCGGGCGCGGACAGGAAGUACAGCUAUCUCAUCGCCUUCGACCAGGCCACGAUGAGCGCGAAGGCGCGGAUCGAGCAGGUCAUCGGCCCGACCAUCAAGCUGGGCAAGGCGACGCGGCUGCCGGCCAUCUGGGAGCCGUACACGGACGACGACACGCUCGGCACCGUCCAGCUCGGCGCCAUCGACGGCAGCCACAUGGAGGCCCUCGAGGCCAAGGGCCUCCACUUCAAGCGCAUCCUGGUCCAGGUCGGCGCCCAAGAGCGCGUCGCCUCCAUGCCCGAGGGCAGCAGCAGCAGCAGCAGCGCGCCCGCUCCCCAAAAGGCUGCCGCUACUACCACUACUACCGCCCCAAAGCCCACUACCACCGCCGGCGCGGCUCCCCAGAGACCGACGGGCACCAACGCUUCCACUACGGCUACCUCUACCACCACAAAGACUACUGCUGCAAAAGCCCCUGUAAAGACUACCACUGCUACUACAAGCGGCGGGCCGGCUAAAAGGACGACCACGACUACUACCGGAAGCGGUACGAAAACGACGAAUACCAAGACAAACGGCGGGGGAUCCGGGGCGCAGCGCUAG